AUGGGUUUAGGCGGUAAACAAGAAACAGAAUACACUUUCACAUUACCCGAAAAAGAAAGAAAAAUAGCAUUAGAAGAACUUAGAGAAGAUGACAGCAUCCGUGAACAAUCAUUAGAACAAAUGAGAGAGUGGAUUGCCAAACAUCCCAAUAUCAAGAAAUGUAGAACUGAUAGCACCUUUUUACUAAGAUUUCUUCGUACGAAAAAAUUCAGCGUACCUUUGGCCUGUGAGAUGGUCGAACGAUACCUCAAAAUACGCCAGUUGUAUCCGCAGUGGUUCAGAAAGUUGGACUGUGAAGAUCCAGAGUUAAAAGAAAUACUCGAUUCCGGAUAUUUAUUCCCACUCUUUGAAAGGGAUAGUGGUAGAUGUGUUCUGUUCAGUUGUGUAGGAAAUUUUGAUCCUCACAAAUUCACUUCUGCGCACAUGAUCCGUGUUCACAGUUUAGUCACGGAAUCCCUCAUGGACGACGAAAUGAACCAAAUUCACGGUUAUACAUACGUAAAUGACGAAGGGGGAUUUAGCAUGGCCCAUAUUUCCCUAUGGAGUCUGGUAGAUCUCAGAAAUAUUGUGAGAUGCAUACAGAACACUACACCUAUGAGGCACAAGGGAAACCACUUCCUAAAUAUGAAUCCAAGUGCCGCCAAACUAUUUGAGUAUUCAUCAUCAUUGCUUAGUGAAAAACUCAAAAGCAGAUUACACGUGUACAAAAAUAUUGACGACGUUUACGGACAUAUAGACAAGAAGAUUCUACCCAAAGAAUACGGCGGAGAGGUACCUCUAAAAGAAAUGUUAGACAAAUUCAAAACAUUCUUGAAAGAGAAAAGAGAAUCGAUUCUGGCUUUAGACGAUCUCUACAUCGAAAUCGAUGAGAAGAACUGUCCGGUGGUAUCGGAAAUGAAUGAAGAACUAGGCGUUGGUCUCGAAGGUUCCUUUAAAAAAUUAGUUGUUGAUUAG